AUUAGUUAUUUACAAAAAAGAGAUCAACCAUUUAUAACCUCCAAAAUUGUGUCAUGAAAAAAUUAGUUGAUUAGUGUCAAGCGGUCCGGAAAUACGAAGCAGAAUGAUGUGGUUAUGGUCUGAUUUACUAAAGAUAAGCAUUUUAAUUUGGUUUUGGUUGGAAUUUAUAUGGCAAGCUUAUCUGAAUAGAAGGCAAUUCAACAAAGUCCUUAACACCCAUGAACUUCCAAGAGAAAUACGUUUUAUUAUGCCCCCCCCAAUAUUGAUGGUGUCUCGAAAAUACACCUUGGAAAACUUGGAUUUUAUUCUUGCCAAGAGCAUGGUUUCCCUUAUAUUUUCUUCAGUAAUAAUAUACAGUGACUAUAUGGUGAAAAUAUGGAACUUCGCUUAUACAAUAGAUCCCUACAAAAGCGAAAUCUUUACAGGAUGUGUUUGGUUUGCUAUCCUAUACACCUUGACCUCCAUAAUAGACCUACUUUUCGAAUUGUACCAUAACUUCGUUUUAGAAAAAAACCUUGAAAUGCCUAUCAUGACCUUCAAACAGCUAUUCAUACAAUUCCUCACAGAUUUCAUUAUAAUACAGGUCUUCUCUAUGGUAAUUGCAGCAUUGGUUGUUAAAGUAAUACAGUUAGCUGGGUGUUAUUUUUUUGUCAUGAUGUGGAUACUCUGCAGCAUUCUUCUCUCAGUGUUCACUAGUUUGAUACAGUUGCUUGACUAUCCGGAAAAUCCAAGCCUGGUAGAUUUUCCUCAAAGUGAUCUGAAGCGUCAAAUUGAAAAUUUGUGUAGAGAAUUAGAAUUUCCUCUUGAAAAGAUCGAACUGUUGCUUCAGAGCCACUCCAUGGAAGAACAUAGUUGUGUAUACUACUACGGCAUGUUCAAGAAACAUCUGGUAAUUUCUGUUAAUAUUUUACCCCUCACCGAAAUAGAUGACAGUUUGGAGGAUGAAGAAAUUCUGGCUCUGAUUAUACAUCAACUUGGACAUUGGUACAAAAAUCACGAUAUCAAAAAGUUUUUCAUUUUACAAGCAGCACUUCUGAUUUGGUUUUUCCUUUUCAUCUAUGCAUUUGAGAGAAAAGUUGUCUAUGAAGCGGUUGGCUUUUAUGAAUCCAAGCCAAUACUAGUUGGGAUUUUGAUCACUCUACAGUAUGUUACGAUGCCAUACAAUGUUUUGAUGACUUUUACGUUGAUAUCUUGGUCUCGAACUUUUGAAUAUGAAGCCGAUAGAUUUGCUGUGCAUUUGGGUAUGAAAAGUGCUCUACAGAGAGCUCUCAUCAAAAUAUACGUCGUAAGUUUCCAAUUUCCUGUUUUAGAUCCUUUGUAUAGCCAACAUAACUUUCACCACCCUUCUUUAUUUGAAAGAAUACAACAUUUAAAUGAGGGUUCUUUAAUAGGGAUGUAAUUUGAAUAAAAUUGAAAAUAUUCCCAUCGCCAACAGACAUAUUGGAGGAUUAUCAGAGUUCGAAAUGGAACGGAGAAUAUUAGUAGUGCUCUAAACAUUUUUGGUGAAAAGUAUCCACAAACAUAAUCCAAAUUUAAUUGAAUUUUUUCAUUAGGCUUGAAUUAGCCACGUUAGUUUUAAGAAGUGCUCACCUGGCCUAAAUGAAUAUUAAAAUAUUUCUGUUUUCAAAUGAUCAUCCCUGUAUCAGAGAGUAUUUCAUUCAAUAAACAUACUAUUUUGUUAUGUUGAACUGUUUUUCAUAAGGAAAACAUUUUUACCGGGAUUUAUUCAAGUUGGAAAUGUUUUCUCUGGAUAAUUUUUUAUUAACACCUAACAAAAAUGUUUUGUUGUUUCGAAUGGGCAAUGGGCAUCCUUGCCACUUAUUAAUAUUCUGUGGGAAUUAGAUUAUUCUGUGUUCUGACUUCUGAUUCUUGACUUUUUAUUGAUUUUCCCAUGGGAUUUGGAAAAUCAUAUUUGUCUAUGGGGAAAAUGAAGUGAAGUAGUGAAGAUUUAUUGAAUCGUCAAAUUUAUAUAAACCCUGUUCAAAAUGAUACUAAUCGAUCCAUUAUUAUUGAAAUAUAUUUUCAUUUCAUUUACUUGGAUUACAUUUAUAUGGGAACUAUACCUUUCUAUCAGACAG